AUGGACACAUCAUCAUCCUCAGCAACGGUCGACAUGGAGUCCGGGGCCUCCGAUAUCCGGAAGCGCUUGACGCUCACAUUCCGCAAUGUCAGCGUGAACGUUACCGCGCCUGAUGCGGCCCUGGGAGAAACACUAUUGUCGGUGGCCGACCCGCGACAAAUCACCAGCUGGUUCCAGAAGAGCCGGCGGCCCAAGCGGACGAUCUUGAAGGAGAUCACUGGCCAAGUUCGACCGGGGGAGAUGCUCUUCGUUCUCGGUCGUCCCGGUUCCGGCUGUACUUCUUUUCUGCGAGUGUUGUCGAACGAUCGCGGUGCCUUCGACGAGGUCGUGGGCGAGACCCGUUACGGAAGUAUGGACCACAAGCAGGCAAAGAAGUAUCGCCAACAGAUCAUGUUCAACAACGAGGACGAUGUGCACUUCCCCACGCUAACGGUCAAUCGAACGAUGAAAUUUGCUCUGCGGAAUAAAGUACCUCGGGAACGGCCUGAACAUCUGCAGGACAGGAAUGCGUAUGUGCAAGAGAAGCGAGAUGACAUCCUGGGCUCCUUGGGGAUUCCGCACACGAAGAAGACUCUGGUCGGAAAUGAGUUCAUUCGAGGUGUCUCCGGUGGCGAACGGAAACGUGUGUCAUUGGCGGAGAUGAUGGCUGGUCAGAGCCCUGUUCAGUUCUGGGAUAACCCAACUCGAGGCUUGGAUUCGAAGACGGCAGUGGAAUUUGCUCGCAUGCUCCGACGCGAGGCAGACCAGAACGAGAAAACGAUCGUGGCUACCAUGUACCAGGCGGGCAACGGCAUCUACGACCAGUUCGAUAAGGUUUUGGUGUUAGCAGAUGGUAUGGUGACCUACUACGGUCCGCGGGCGAUGGCCAGAGCUUACUUUGAGGACAUGGGCUUCGUCUGUCCCCGGGGUGCCAAUAUCGCCGAUUUUCUUACCUCCGUCACCGUCACCACGGAGCGUAUUGUGGCUCCGGGAAUGGAAGGGAAGGUGCCCAAUACUGCAGCUGAAUUUGAGGCCUACUACCGCCAGAGUUCGAUCUGCUCUCAGAUGCUCGAGGACAUCCAGCCACCAGAGAAGCUGGUUGACGAAGAGAUCAACUUGGCCAAUGCAGUGCUGAUGGAGAAGAGAAAGCAGCAUAUCCCUCGGCCCCAGAGCGUUUACACGGCGGGUCUCUGGCACCAAGUCGCCAGCUGCACAGUUCGUCAAUUCCAAAUCUUGGCCGGUGAUAGACUAUCUGCCAUCAUCAAGGUGGUAUCUGCUAUUCUCCAAGCUCUUGUUUGUGGUAGUUUGUUCUACAACCUCAAGCUUGACAGCUCUUCCAUCUUUCUGAGACCAGGUGCUCUCUUCUUUGCAGUUCUCUAUUUCCUUCUGGAAACCAUGUCGGAAACAACCGCGUCUUUCAUGGGUCGGCCGAUUCUCUCGCGCCAAAAGAGAUUUGGCUUUUACAGGCCAACAGCCUUCGCGAUUGCCAACGCCAUUACCGAUUUUCCUAUUGUGUUGGUGCAGGUCUCCUGCUUUUCAUUGAUUCUGUACUUCAUGGCUGGAUUGCAGAUGGAUGCUGGCCGCUUCUUUACUUACUGGAUCAUCGUAGUUAUGCAAACUCUGUGCUUCAUGCAGAUGUUCCGAGCGAUCGGAGCUCUCUGUAAGAAGUUUGGCAACGCGUCGAAGAUGACUGGGUUUGUCUCGACAGUAUUUUUCGUCUACGGAGGCUAUCUCAUUCCCUUCGAGCAGAUGCACGUCUGGUUCCGCUGGAUCUUCUACCUCAAUCCCGGUGCCUAUGCGUUCGAAGCCCUGAUGGCCAACGAGUUUGUCGGACUCGAGUUGGACUGUGUAGCGCCUGACUAUAUCCCUUACGGAUCUGGUUACCCGGCCGGUGCCUCGCCUAAUCGUGGUUGCACGGUCAAAGGAAGCACAGACGGUGUGAUUAAUGGCGCAGCUUACAUUCGGGAGCAAUACAGCUAUUCCUUCCACCACAUUUGGCGCAGCUUCGGUAUCAUUGUUGGUUUCUGGGCAUUCUUCAUCUUUCUCACUGCGCUGGGCCUCGAAAUGAACAACAACCAAUCUGGCUCCUCUGUGCUUCUCUACAAACGAGGUGCCAAGUCCAAGGUAGCCGAUGAAGAGGGAUCCAGUGCUACCAAGUCAGAGGGCAAUGCUCUUGCGCAAACGGGUAAGCAGUCCACUUUCACGUGGAAUCAUCUCGACUACUAUGUUCCCUUCCACGGAGAGAAGAAGCAACUCUUGCACCAGGUGUUCGGGUAUGUCAAGCCUGGUAACUUGGUUGCGCUGAUGGGAAGUUCGGGUGCUGGUAAAACCACAUUGCUUGAUGUGCUUGCUCAGCGGAAGGACAGCGGUGAGAUCGUCGGAUCUAUUCUCAUUGACGGACGACCUCAAGGUAUCAGCUUUCAGCGGACUACUGGAUACUGUGAACAGAUGGAUGUCCACGAGGGCACGGCUACUGUGAGAGAGGCUUUAGUUUUCUCAGCUCUGUUGCGUCAACCUGCCAGCGUGCCACGCGAAGAGAAAAUUGCCUAUGUUGACCACAUCAUUGACUUGCUUGAGCUCAGUGAUAUUAAGGAUGCUUUGAUCGGUGUCCCGGGCGCGGGCCUCAGCAUUGAGCAGCGGAAGAGAGUGACCCUAGGCGUGGAGCUUGUGGCCAAACCGACCUUGCUAUUUCUGGAUGAGCCGACUUCCGGCCUGGAUGGGCAAUCGGCCUACAACAUUAUCCGAUUCUUGAGAAAGCUCGUUGAUGGUGGCCAAGCUGUAUUGUGUACGAUUCAUCAGCCAUCCGCUGUUCUGUUUGACGCUUUCGACUCGCUCGUCCUGCUUGCGAAGGGAGGCAAGAUGACCUAUUUCGGAGAGACUGGCGAGGACUCACAGAAGGUUCUUGAAUACUUUGCGAAGAACGGCGCCCCUUGCCCACCUGACGUGAACCCUGCUGAGCACAUCGUGGAAGUGAUUCAAGGCAACACUGAAAAGCCGAUUGAUUGGGUUGAUGUCUGGAGCCAGUCCGAAGAACGUGAGCUUGUACUCCGGGAUCUUGAAGCACUCAACAAGGAGGCCGAAGCGAACUCAACCGGAGAGGAGGACCACCAUGACUUCGCCACCCCCAUCUGGUUCCAGUUCAAGAUGGUGCUGGAACGCUUGAUGACUCAGUUGUGGCGCUCACCGGAUUACAUGUGGAACAAGAUCAUUCUUCACGUGUUCGCUGCCUUGUUCAGUGGCUUCACUUUUUGGAAAAUGGGAGACGGCACUUUCGCACUUCAACUGCGCCUGUUUGCUAUUUUCAACUUCAUCUUCGUUGCCCCGGGCUGUAUCAAUCAGAUGCAGCCGUUCUUCCUGCACAACCGCGAUAUCUUUGAGACUCGAGAGAAGAAGUCCAAAACCUACCAUUGGAUGGCCUUCAUUGGAGCUCAAGCCGUCUCCGAGAUCCCGUACUUGAUCAUCUGCGCCACACUUUACUUCGCAUGCUGGUACUUCACUGCUGGAUUCCCCGUCUCGGCUUACAUCUCGGGCCAUGUCUACCUUCAGAUGAUCUUCUAUGAGUUCCUCUACACAUCGAUUGGCCAGGCCAUCGCCGCCUACGCGCCCAACGAGUACUUCGCCGCCAUCAUGAACCCUAUCCUCAUCGGCGCCGGCAUGAUCAGUUUCUGUGGUGUCGUCGUGCCCUACGACCAGAUCACGCCCUUCUGGCGCUACUGGAUCUACUACCUGGACCCCUUCACCUACCUCGUCGGUGGUCUCCUGGGCGAAGUGCUCUGGGACGUGAAAGUCCAAUGCAAGGCGUCCGAAUUCGUCCAGUUCAGCGCCCCGUCCGGCCAGACCUGCGGUCAGUACAUGGCGGACUUCAUCGCGAACAACACGGGCUACCUGCUGGACGCGAGCGCGACGGGCUCGUGCUCCUUCUGCCAGUAUUCGACCGGAGCGGACUACGCCAAGUCGUUCAACUUGAAGGAGAAGUACUAUUCCUGGAGAGAUACUGGGAUAACGGCGCUGUUCUGCAUCACAUCGUACGGAUUGGUGUUUCUGAUGAUGAAGUUGAGGAGCAAGAAGACGAAGAGUGCGCGGUCGGAGUGA